UAUAUAUAUAUAUAUGCGGUCCUUAUAUCAGGCCUGUUAUAAGUGCAAGCAUCUCUAUUGCGAAAUCUCGUGCGUAUAAGAUUGCAUUGUCUACAAUUUUGAACGCUGAGAAGUAUAGUUACAAUGAACUGGAAAAUAGUAGCGGUUUUAUUGUUUCUCGUUUGGGAGGACACUGUCGGACAAAAACCCCUUGCGGAGAUUAGAUCUUGGACUUGUUAUGAAAAUGAUUAUCAGGUUCUCCAAAGAGUUUCAAUGCUGGAAGUCAGACAAGCCUUGCUGGAGGAAACUGUCGCCGAGCAGAAGGCGGAGAUCAAUGCACUAAGCCAGCAAAUAGCAGACAUGCAGCAGAUGACUUGGGGAAGCUGGGGCGAGUGGGGUCAGUGCGAUUUCUCGUGCAACCGAAGCGUGACCGAAGGCGUGAGAGUUCAGACGAGAUUUCGGAACAUGACCGUGGGCAGCGUUGUCCUGCAGACGGAGACUGACCAGCGUCCGUGUAACGCUGUGCAGUUUGCAGGCUGCGAUAGGAGUAGCAGUGCAGACGACAAUUACGCGACUGCGUUCAGUUUCACAGACGAGAUCGCGCAGGCCACGUGCACGGCGAUACGACCCGAAGGAGGUUACGUGAGAGCUGUGCGACGCACGUGCUCCAAACAGGCUGUCUCUUGCGAGGACCUGUGCAAGAGUCUCAGCGCGACGUGCUUCAACGCUCUUCACGUUUACCAACCGGAAAACGUGCUGGGUCAUGCGGAGACUGGAAGAGCCGGCCUGAAGACUUACAGAUACAACUCCUGUCUCGGCUCGUUCUGCGGUCCCAACUUCUGCUGCUGCGACGGCAUAUAAGAUUGACCGAUCCUCAUCAUAACAUAAUCAAUUGACUGAACAAUUGUCUUAUUAUUUUUGAAUUUGUUAAUGCAAGGUUAAUUCUUUCUUUAAAACAUAACUUGCCAUGCUUUUAUAUAAUCACUUCAAUAUUUUGAACAGGAGUUUAGGUCAUUUUGUGUUUGGUAAUAGAUACACGUCUAGCAUUUGUUGACAAAAUUCCGCAUGUUCAUGUUUGUUUCAUUUAAAAUAGCUUUGUUCAUGGGAGUUUAAUUUGAACGUUAAAGGUAUUGUCAAUUGUAUGAUGCAUACUGCGAAAGUGGUGUUGCAGUUACAACUUAUUGCAAAUUCAUAGUUGAGAUGGAAGGCUCUUACUUAUUGUAUUAAUGCUUAAUAUUACAAUGCAAAAAUGCAACUCUACUUUUUCAUAAUUGUGUUUCUCAUAACACCUUUUACUUUUUAUAUGGUAGAAAACUAUUUUAAUACGAUAGUCGUAUACAAUAACUCUGUUAACGAC